UUCCAGUGCAUUCCAUUUAAAGAGCUUACAUUUCACGGCUCUUCUAUUUCUUCAACCUAACAAGUAAAAACGACAUUACAACAGUUUUCUACAUACCACAGCUAAAACUUUCCUUCGUAGCUCAUACACACAUAUUGACAUAUAUAUAGACACACAUACAUUAUUCAAUCCAUAACAACAUCAAGACAAAAAGACUUUAUCAGUGAAUAUGGAGAUUCCAAGACGAUUUAGCGUAUGCAUCCUAACGCUUUUUGUUAUCUUUCUUCUCUCACCAACCACCGUUCACUCCAUAAUCCGACAUUACAAAUUUAAUGUGGUGAUGACGAACACCACAAAGUUGUGCUCGUCGAAGCCUAUUGUCACGGUUAACGGCCAAUUUCCAGGUCCCACAAUUGUUGCACGAGAAGACGACACCGUUUUGAUCAAAGUAGUGAAUCAUGUCAAAUACAACGUCUCCAUCCAUUGGCAUGGUGUAAGGCAAUUGAGGACAGGUUGGGCAGAUGGACCGGCUUACAUUACACAAUGUCCUAUCCAACCGCGGCAAAAUUAUUUUUAUAAUUUCACAUUGACGGGCCAACGAGGAACCUUAUGGUGGCAUGCUCACAUAUUGUGGCUUCGGGCCACGGUGCAUGGGGCCAUUGUCAUCUUGCCUAAGCUUGGUGUCCCAUACCCUUUCCCCAAGCCCUACAAAGAGAAAACCAUUGUUCUUGGUGAAUGGUGGAAAUCGGACGUGGAGCAACUUAUAAACGAGGCUACAAAACAUGGAACAGCUCCUAACGCCUCUGAUGCACAUACCAUCAAUGGUCACUCCGGCCCCAUCUCUAAUUGUCCUUCCCAAAGUGGUUAUAGUUUGCCGGUGAGACCAGGAAAGACAUACAUGUUACGGAUCAUCAACGCCGCACUAAAUGAAGAGCUCUUCUUUAAAAUCGCUGGUCACAAGUUAACCGUCGUAGAAGUUGAUGCUGUUUAUACCAAACCCUAUAAAACCGACACCGUCCUCAUCGCUCCGGGACAGACUACUAACGUUCUCUUAACAGCAAACGCAAACACUGGUUCUAAAUACAUGGUCGCCGCCACAACGUUUAUGGACGCUCCCAUCUCCUUCGACAACGUCACCGCCACAGCCACUCUCCACUACAUUGGCCACACCGUUUCCUCCUCCAAGAAAACAGUCCUCGCUUCACUUCCGCAGCCAAACGCAACGUUGGUUUCGAGUAAAUUCAUAAAGUCGCUCAGGAGCUUGAACUCCCGUGAAUAUCCGGCUAAAGUUCCAACUACAGUUGAUCACUCUUUGUUCUUCACGGUGGGUCUAGGCGCGAACCCUUGCCCGAGCUGCAACAGUGGUAUUCGGUUAGUGGCUGGAAUAAACAACGUAACGUUCACCAUGCCUGAAACCGCUCUUCUACAAGCUCAUUACUUCAAUAUUUCACACGUAUUUACCGACGACUUUCCGGCCAAACCGUCUAAUCCAUAUAACUAUACGGCACCAGUUGAUCAAAGCGUUAAUGCGGCGACGAUGACAGGUACAAAGCUUUACCGGCUUCCUUACAACGCGACGGUGCAAAUCAUUCUACAAAAUACGGCGAUGAUCUUGUCGGAGAACCAUCCGUUUCAUCUUCACGGGUUUAACUUCUUUGAGGUUGGUAGAGGUUUAGGGAAUUUUAACCCAGAAAAGGAUCCAAAGAGGUUUAACUUGGUGGAUCCGGUUGAGAGAAACACCGUUGGUGUUCCAGCUGGUGGUUGGACAGCCAUCAGAUUCAUCGCUGACAACCCAGGGGUGUGGUUCAUGCAUUGCCACUUGGAAAUCCAUACAACUUGGGGACUAAAGAUGGCAUUCGUCGUGGACAACGGUCACGGUCCUGACCAGUCACUGCUUCCUCCACCCGCCGAUCUUCCCAAAUGUUAGGGGAAAUUCUUUUUGUUGAUUUUUUACUUCGACGUUAUGUUAUAUAUAACAAAUUAAUUCUUUUUUUUUCGGGAAAUAAAGGUUAGGGUUGGUGCAUG